AUUCUGGCAAAGGACAAAUACACAGCAACCAUGGGUAAGAAGGCUAUCGACGCACGUAUUCCGUCGCUUAUCCGGAAUGGAGUCCAGGAAAAAGAAAGAAGUUUUUUCUUCAUAGUGGGGGAUAAAGCCCGUUUUCAGCUCCCAAACUUGCACUAUUUGAUGAUGUCUGCUGAUUUGAAGAUGAACAAAUCGGUAUUGUGGGCUUACAAGAAGAAAUUGCAAGGCUUCACUUCUCACAGACAAAAACGAGAAGCAAAGAUCAAGAAGGAUGUCAAAAGAGGAAUCAGAGAUGUUAAUGAACAGGAUCCGUUUGAAGCAUUCAUCUCCAACCAGCUGAUCAGAUAUGUUUACUACAAGGAGACCGAGAAGAUCUUGGGUAACACCUACGGGAUGUGUAUCUUGCAAGAUUUCGAAGCUCUUACGCCAAACUUAUUGGCCCGUACCAUUGAAACAGUCGAAGGUGGUGGUAUUAUUGUCAUCAUGUUAAAGUCGAUGACUUCUUUGAAGCAGUUGUACACCAUGUCUAUGGAUAUCCAUUCUCGUUACAGAACCGAAGCCCAUGACGAUGUGGUAGCCAGAUUCAACGAGAGAUUCUUGUUAUCGUUGGGAUCGUGCGAAAACUGUUUGGUUGUAGAUGACGAAUUGAACGUCUUGCCUGUCUCUGGAGGAAAGCAUGUGAAGGCUCUUCCACCUAAAGACGAUGAUGAAUUGUCGCCAAAGGCUCAAGAAUUGAAGGAAUUGAAGGAGAGUUUGGCAGAAGUCCAACCAGCUGGAUCAUUAGUAGGCUUGUCUAAGACCGUAAACCAGGCCCAGGCUAUCUUGACAUUCAUUGAUGUCAUUUCUGAAAAGACUUUGAGAAGCACUGUAACCUUGACUGCCGGCAGAGGUCGUGGUAAAUCCGCUGCCUUGGGUAUUGCCAUUGCUGCUGCCAUUUCCCACGGGUACUCCAACAUUUUUGUCACCUCUCCCUCUCCAGAGAACUUGAAGACAUUGUUCGAAUUCAUCUUCAGAGGUUUCGAUGCCUUAGGAUAUAACGAACACAUGGACUAUGAUAUCAUUCAGUCUACCAAUCCUUCAUUCAACAAGGCUAUAGUGAGAGUCGACGUCAAGCGUGAACACCGUCAAACUAUCCAGUACAUCUCUCCUAGUGAUCACCAAGUCUUGGGUCAGGCCGAGUUAGUCAUUAUCGAUGAAGCUGCUGCUAUCCCCUUGCCCGUAGUCAAGAAGUUGAUGGGCCCAUACUUGAUCUUCAUGGCAUCUACUAUCAACGGUUAUGAAGGUACCGGUAGAUCGUUGUCAUUGAAAUUGAUUCAACAGUUGCGUAACCAGUCUCAAAACAAUAAUAGAGAAAACAGCCAGACUGCCGUCAUUUCCAGAGACAGCAAGCAUAGCGAACAGGAAACUGUAGCCAGAACUUUGCGUGAAGUAGUAUUAGAUGAACCCAUCAGAUAUGCUCCAGGAGACAAGGUUGAAAAGUGGUUGAACAAGUUGUUGUGUUUGGAUGUCUCCUUGUCCAAGAAUGCGAAGUUCGCCACUAAAGGUACACCACACCCUUCGCAGUGUAACUUGUUCUACGUUAAUAGAGACACCUUGUUUUCAUACCAUCCUGUUUCCGAGGCUUUCUUGCAGAAGAUGAUGGCUCUCUACGUGGCAUCGCAUUACAAGAAUUCACCAAAUGACUUACAGUUGAUGAGUGAUGCUCCAGCGCACCAGUUAUACGUGUUGUUACCACCAAUUGAGGCUGGAGACAACAGAAUUCCUGAUCCAUUGUGUGUAGUUCAAUUGGCUUUGGAGGGUGAAAUUUCCAAGGAAAGUGUACGUAAGUCCCUUUCCAGAGGUCAAAGAGCAGGUGGUGAUUUGAUACCGUGGUUGAUUUCACAACAAUUCCAAGAUGAAGAGUUUGCUUCUUUGUCUGGAGCCAGAGUUGUGAGAAUUGCUACUAAUCCAGAAUACGCUGGUAUGGGUUAUGGAUCCAGAGCACUUGAGUUGUUGCAAGACUACUUCCAGGGUAAGUUCACUGAUAUCAGCGAGUCUAACGAAUUGAAAGAGACUUCUAUCACGAGAGUCUCCGAGCAAGAGUUGGCCAAGGGCUCAUUGAAAGAUGAAAUAAAGUUGAGAGACGCUAAGAGUUUACCACCUUUACUUUUGAAGUUAUCUGAAAAGGCUCCUUAUUAUUUACAUUACUUAGGUGUUUCCUACGGGUUGACACCUAAUUUGCACAAGUUCUGGAAGAAAUCUGGAUUCGUACCAGUAUACUUGAGACAGACUGCCAACGAUCUUACUGGUGAACACACUGCUGUGAUGUUGAACGUCUUGCCAGGUCGUGACAACGCCUGGUUGCAAGAGUACUCCAAGGACUUCCAUAAGAGAUUCUUGCAGUUGUUGUCGUAUGAGUUCAAGAAAUUCCCAGCAGCUCAAGCCUUAAAUAUUAUACAGGCUACUGAAGCUGGGGAAAGCUCAGAGAAGAAGGUCAAAAAAUUGACCAGAGACCAAUUGGACGAGUACCUUUCACCAUUCGACUUGAAGAGGUUGGACUCGUAUGCCAACAACUUGUUGGAUUACCACGUUAUUGUGGACAUGUUGCCUUUGAUUGCCCAUAUAUUUUUCUCCAAAAGAACUGGCAAUGAUGUCAAUUUGUCUUCAGUGCAGAGUGCCAUCUUGUUAGCUAUUGGCUUACAACACAAGGAUAUGGACCAGAUCUCGGGUGAGUUGAAUCUUCCUUCUAACCAGUCGAUGGCCAUGUUUGCUAAAAUCGUUCGUAAGUUCUCUGUGUAUUUCAGAGCCGUACUUAGCAGGGCAAUUGAAGACUCAAUGCCCGUGUUUGAAGAUGAAGCUGUUAAGGAAAUGGACGGACAGGCUGAACAUAUUGACUACAAGGCUAUAGAAAAAGAAAUGAAAGAAGACUUAGACGCUGCUGGGAACGAAGCAAUGAAGGAGUUGAGGGAGAAGCAGCGUGAGUUGAUCAAUGCCAUCAAUUUAGACAGGUAUGCCAUCGCAGAUGAAGCCGACUGGGACGCUUCUGGUGACUUGAGCAAGGCAGUUAAGGGCAAGGGAGUGGUCAGUGUCAAGAGCAAGUCCAAGCGUAAGACUACAGAGAGUGCCAGCGACAUUUUCGAGCAAGAGAUGAAGCUGGUAUCGAAGAAGCCCAAGAAAUCGAAAAAAUAAUAUUAAGGGGUAUUAGCCCAAAAAGGAUAUCAGAUCUGUAAGGCGAUAUCGAUAGAUCCAUCCCCAGGGCACCACUGUCCAAAUAGGAAAAAUGUCGCUCCGCUGAUGAAAUUGACAAGGAUCUUAGCAGCAUAUGUAUACAUAGAAUGAACAGCACUAGAAUUAAAAAUCUAAGAAUAAAUACAUUGGUGAAG